AUGAAACUCUACCGAACCCCUCUUUUCAUCCUUGCCGCAUCUUCGACGGCGGCCGCGCAAUCGGUGAGUUCCGUCAACGAACUCCUACUUACGUUCCCUCUCUGCUCGCGCGACUGCCUCGAAGAGAGCUUCUUUGGACCUCGGAUGGAAGCCUGUGGCGUGCAGUCGACCUCUGGCGAUGCUAUGGACUCCCUGUGCAUCUGCGCCCCCUCCGUGUUUACCGACAAACCCGAGUCCGAGGUCUCGGAAGAGAACGGUGAAGCUGGAACAUGUGCCGGUACCGUGUGCUCGAGCUCAGAUGUGUACAACGAGUUCUCGCCGGCAGUGGAGGAUUAUGACGACUAUUGUAGACUCCUCCAGCAGGCUGUUGCCGACCGCUCCUCUGCAUCAUCAUCGGCGCCCCUCAGCUCAGCCACCCCAAGCUCAUCAGCAUCUCCGACCCAUACAAUGCAGGACAUGCCGCCCAACUCAGCAAACCGCAUGGGAGCAGCCCCAGCCGCAGUGCCGGUCGUGAUUGCAGCAUUCGGUAUGUUGCUGUGA